AUGGAAUAUACACAUCAAUCGUCAUGGAUUAUACCUUUCAUCCCUCUUCCAGUUCCUAUUUUAAUAGGGGUCGGACUUCUAUUUUUUCCCACAGCAACAAAAAAUAUUCGCCGUAUGUGGGUUUUUCCUAGUAUUUUUUUGUUAACGAUAGUUAUGAUUUUUUCGAUCGAUCUAUCUAUUCAUCAAAUCAACAACAGUUCGAUCUAUCAAUAUGUAUGGUCUUGGACUAUAAAUAAUGAUCUUUCUUUAGAGUUUGGCUACUUGAUCGAUUCACUUACUUCUAUUAUGUCAAUAUUAAUCACGACAGUUGGGAUUUUGGUUCUAAUUUAUAGUGAUAGUUACAUGUCUCAUGAUCAAAGCUAUUUGAGAUUUUUUACUUAUUUGAGUUUUUUUAAUACGUCAAUGUUGGGAUUAGUUACUAGUUCAAAUUUGAUACAAGUUUAUAUUUUUUGGGAAUUGGUUGGAAUGUGUUCUUAUCUAUUAAUAGGUUUUUGGUUCACACGUCCUAUUGCGGCAAAUGCUUGUCAAAAAGCGUUUGUAACUAAUCGUGUAGGGGAUUUUGGUUUAUUAUUAGGAAUUUUAGGUUUUUAUUGGAUAACGGGUAGUUUGGAAUUUCGUGAUUUAUUUCAAAUAUUCAAUAACUUAAUUUAUAAGAAUGAGGUUAAUAUUUUUUUUGUUACUUUGUGUGCUCUCUUGUUAUUUUGCGGCUCGGUUGCCAAAUCUGCCCAAUUCCCUCUUCAUGUAUGGUUACCAGAUGCUAUGGAAGGUCCUACUCCUAUUUCCGCUCUUAUACAUGCUGCUACUAUGGUAGCAGCAGGAAUUUUUCUUGUAGCUCGCCUUCUUCCUCUUUUCAUAGUUAUACCCUCCAUAAUGAGUGGAAUAGCUUUGAUAGGUAUAAUCACAGUAGUAUUAGGGGCAACUUUAGCUAUUGCUCAAAAAGAUAUUAAGAAAAAUUUGGCCUAUUCGACAAUGUCUCAAUUGGGUUAUAUGAUCUUAGCUUUAGGUAUGGGCUCUUAUCGAGCCGCUUUAUUUCAUUUGAUUACCCAUGCUUAUUCAAAAGCAUUGUUGUUUUUAGGAUCUGGAUCCAUUAUUCAUUCCAUGGAAGCUAUUGUUGGCUAUUCUCCAGAUAAAAGUCAAAAUAUGGUUCUUAUGGGGGGGUUAACAAAACAUGCACCAAUUACAAAAAAUGCUUUUUUAAUAGGUACACUUUCGCUUUGUGGUAUUCCACCUUUUGCUUGUUUUUGGUCCAAGGAUGGGAUUCUUAAUGAUAGUUGGUUGUAUUCACCAAUUUUCGCAAUAAUAGCUUGUUCGACAGCAGGAUUAACUGCAUUUUAUAUGUUUCGAAUCUAUUUACUUGUUUUUGAAGGAUAUUUAAAUGUUCAUUUUCAACAUUUCAACGGAAAGAAAAACAGUUCAUUCUAUUCAAUAUCUUUAUGGGGCAAAGAAGAAAAAAAAAAAUUAAAAAAGAAAAUUCAUUUAUUAGCGUUAUUAACAAUGAAUAAUAAUGAAAGGACUUCUUUUUUUCAGAAGAGGGCAUAUUCACAUCGAAUUAAUCGAAAUGUCAAAAGCAUAAGACGUCUUUUUCUUGAUAGUACCCAUUUUGGUAUUAAAAACAUUGGUUUUUUUUACCCUCAAGAAUCAGACAAUACUAUGCUAUUUUCGAUGCUUGUAUUAGUACUAUUUACUUUCUUCGUUGGGUCCGUUGGAAUUUCUUUCAGCCAAGAAGGAAUAGAUUUGGAUAUAUUAUCUAAAUUGUUAAUUCCGUCUAUAGACCUUUUACAUCAAAACUCAAAAAAUUCUGUGGAUUGGUAUGAAUUUUUUACAAAUGCAACUUUUUCAGUGAGUAUAGCUUUUUUCGGAAUAUUAAUAGCGUCUUUUUUCUAUAAACCCGUUUUUUCUUCUUUACAAAAUUUAAACUUAUGUAAUUUAUUUCAAAAAGGUCUUCCUAAAAAAAUUAUUGCUGAUAAAAUAAUCAAUAUUAUAUACGAUUGGUCAUAUAAUCGUGGUUAUAUAGAUGCUUUUUUGGAAGUAUCUUUAAUUGCGAGUGUAAAAAAGUUAGCUAAAUUCAAUUAUUUUUUUGAUAGACAAAUAAUUGAUGGAAUUCCAAAUGGAGUUGGUAUUUCAAGUUUUUUUAUGGGAGAGGCUAUAAAAUAUGUGGGGGGAGGGCGAAUUUCUUCGUAUAUUUUCUUUUUUCUGUUAAUCUUUUUAGUAAUUUGUUAUUCUAUAUUUAUCUAA